AUGAACAAGUACGACGUUCUCGGGGUUGUGGGCGAAGGUGCCUAUGGGGUGGUGUUGAAAUGCAAGAACAAGGACACUAACGAGGUGGUGGCCAUCAAGAAGUUCAAAGAGUCGGAGGAGGACGAGGUCGUCCGGAAGACCACCUUGAGGGAGGUGAAGAUCCUGAGAAUCAUGCGGCACGAAAACAUCGUGCAGCUGAAGGAGGCCUUUCGGCGGAAAGGGAAGCUGUACCUCGUCUUCGAGUUUGUGGAGAAGAGCAUGCUGGACAUCCUUGAGGCCAACCCCAACGGCGUUGACACCGAGACUGUUCGCGUCCUGACUUGCCAAUUGGCUAGAGCCAUUGAGUACUGUCAUCGGCAUGAGGUCAUUCAUCGGGACAUCAAGCCGGAGAACCUGCUGAUCAAUCCUGCGGACAACGCACUACGGCUUUGCGACUUCGGGUUUGCCCGCACCAUGAGUGCUGACACACCACUUACGGACUACGUGGCAACUCGAUGGUACCGAGCACCAGAGCUCCUGCUGGGCUCCACACACUAUGGCAAGGAUGUGGACAUUUGGGCGCUCGGCUGUAUCAUGGGUGAGCUGACUGACGGCCAGCCACUCUUCGCAGGGGAGUCGGAGGUUGACCAGCUUUUUGUCAUCCAGAAAGUGCUGGGACCGCUGACGCCGGAGCAUAUGGAGAUGUUUCUGAGGAAUCCUAGGUUCUUGGGCAUCCAGUUCCCGGACGUGAGCCGUCCGGAGACGCUGGAGAAGCGCUACUUGCGGAGGAUGCCGAAGCUGCAGAUGCAGCUGCUGAAGGGAGUCUUGGUCAUGGAGCCGCGGCGGAGACUGAGCGCCAGAGACAUGCUGAGGAUGUCCUGGUUCGAGGGCAUUAAGCUCCCGCGGUCCUUGCGGCCUCCUUCACAGACUCAUUCGAGAAGCAUGAGGCCUGAGUCGAGUGGCUCUGUGGCCACCCCCCAGGCGGAGCGGCCGCCAGUGCGUCAGGCUGUGCCAACGAUGCAGCAGCCAGCAGAGGCACCCUCCAUGACACCGUCCUGGCAUUUUGAGCAGCAAAUGCCCAUGGAGCAGCAAGGCGACAGCGGAGCCGGCUUUGCCAGUGGGCGAGCGUUUACUGCAGGGCGGAAUGUUUUGGAACAAUUGGGAGAUGGUGGUGGUGGUGGCAGUGGAGCUGGCUUUGCUAGAGAUGGUGGCGGAGCCGGCUUUGCCAGAGAUAGUGGCGGAGCUGGCUUUGCCAGAAGAUGGUGGCGGAGCCAGCUUUGCCAGAGACGGUGGCGGAGCCAGCUUUGCCCGAGAUGGUGGUGGAGCUGGCUUCUCCAAUGGGCCCAGCUCCAUGGCCGCUCGUGA